AUGGUCUCAUUCGAACUAUUUAUCAAAAGAUGCGGAAGGGGAAAGUGCGUUCUUCUUAAAAGCUACACCGCGCGAUUGGUUCCAGAGGCACCAUUGGUGCUAGGUAGCCGGGACGAGCCUCUGCCGGACGCCAAGGAGCAGUACCUCUUCUUCCUCGAGUUCCUGGUGGACCACGUGGUCAGCGAUCGCCUGGCGAAGCUGAACCAGAUGUUCUUCGUCCCCACGACGAUCUGCAUCGACUUCCUCAACUUCUCCGCGGACGAGACCGUCGAGAUAACGCCGGUGGACCCUCUCUUCCAGCCUCAGGCGGGUGUCGCGGACGACGUCGAGUACUUUUACUCGGGACGGUCCGUGUUGUUCGCCAUCGAUCAGCGCACGGCCGUCAACAAGAUCGUCGAUUUCGUGGUGAAGCUCUGCGUCCAGAAGAAGAUGCCCGACGGCGUGAAACCGGACGUCCUGAUCGGCAGAGGCGAGCUGGACCUGACCAAGCACUUCGCCGCUCUCAGAAAGGAGAUGCUUCAGUGCUGGAACAAAAUGGCCCCUCCUCCAAAGUGCUUCGAGGGAGGGGUGCCUUUAAUGUACAACGACGUCGAGGUGGGAUGCGUGUGCAUGUUCGUCAGGAUCUCGGCGUUCGGUCAGACGAUCGUCACGGAGUUCGAAGCACCGCCGGACAUGGACGUCUCUGCUUACAUCUUCAAGGGCGACCAGGUGAACAACCGAUCGCUCGGCUACAAAUGUCGCGUGAUCGAUUCGAAGGAUGCGGAUAUCGGAAGGGACUCGACCGAGGAUGUGACGACCGGAGGGCCACCUUGCAGGGUCUGCGUGAAGGAGGAACAUCCUUGUAGUCCUUGCGGACAACCCAUAGGUGCCACGAUUAAGCCUAACGCGGGUCCUAGCCCCCGGCCGAUCACCGAAGCGGACGAGCGGCCGAUGCCCGUGAUUAGGUCGCAUUCAAAGCCCGAAACCUGCGCCGACGUGCAUAAAAGCGGUCUGAUUCAGUCCAGCCGCGGUUCGGCGCACCCGUGCGGGAAGGCGGUCGUCCUGAAGGUGUCGGGAGUCCUGGACACCGGGUCCGAUAGAAAACCCACGGUCACGGUGGCGUCGGAAGCGGAGGCCGCCGGUCGGAACCCUUGCGACCCGGAUCACGACGUUUUCGUGCUGAGGAUCGGGAAGAAGGGCAUCGUGGGGGCCGACGAGAAGUCCGACAUACAAUUGGAGAUGAGGACCCCCAAAGGCGUCGAGAAAGGACCCCCUAUCAGGCACGAGACGCGGGAGAUGCAGACUGACGAACGCAGGACCGGCAAGAAACGGAAGAGGAAGAAGAAAUGAACGGGGAUGGCUUUAUUUUUAAGGGCGAUUCGAAAGCGGUGCGAAGAUCGAAGCGUUCUAGGUUAGAUUAGGAACCUGGUGUUUCCAUGAAUUUAUAUAUGCCACUUUGACGCCACUUUCGAAUCUCCCUGUAUACGAAAUUCGAUGAGCUGAAUAAAUUCAUUUUGAAAGUAGCUUAU